UUAGACUUUGAAGGAUCAAGAAUUCCUGAUCUGACUUUGAAAAUCCUUGCAAGUAUUCUUGUUGGAAGGAGAGUUAAUUUAUGGAUGCUUGCAAAUACAUUGAAUAUGCUUGGAAUUGUGUCACAAAACUGUGUGCAACAGUUAGAAAGUAAUGAAGAAGACUCGAAUGAAAAACAUGCCCGCAUUCUUACUGAAAACAUUGAAAAACGCGUAACGACCCUUCAGCUCGUUGACAUGCUGUAUAAGAACAAUUUUAAGCACGUUGCACAAGACUUGUUUUUCUUUCAUAUUCCAUUCGCACAGAAAUCUCGAUGCAAAGAUGUUUCUCGAAAAAUAGUUGGUGAACGAAGAAAAAUCCAGCUUUAUUUCAAAAGGAUUAAGCAAGACAUUCAUAAACUGUUCACUUCUGAUCCGUAUGCUAAAGUUGGUGAAAUAGGUAAACAAAUGUUGCAGAAUAUUGAAGAAGAGCAAAAUCCUGGCCGGAAACGAUUUCUGUAUGACAAAUACAUUUGUCUGAAAGCAGCAGAAAUAGAUGCGCAUACCAAUCAGACGGAUAAUGUUGAUCCUAAUGGGAAACCGUUCCAAGAAAUCGAAGCAGUCAUUACAGAAAGCUCUUGUCCUGAAAUCUCUCUUAUUUUAAUGCUUGGUCGACAAGCAGAUAUCUCCUCAUCUUUGGGAACAAGCCCAGAUGACGGAGAAAACUUUCUCGUGGAUGCUUUCAUGUGGCAGAACACAUGUGAAAGAUGUAUUGAGGCAACAGAUAUGAUAUACAAAAGUGUGGUCUUCAACCUGUUACAAUUUCAGAGGACUAAAGACAAAAAAUAUCAGAGGAGACUUUUUCAUCAAGCUGAGAUGGGACUGGAUUCUUUGUCAGAAGAGAGUGACGAUGUGAGAUUGUUUUGGUCCCGGCUUUUUAGACUAAGAAUAAUCUUUUGUCAUCUAGGGAUAGGAAAACGAUGUGAGAUCAUCGAAGGUUAUGACGUAUCUCCAGAAUCAUUAAAAGUCGUGGAGAGAAUGUUUCAGGAAGAUAAGCUGGAGGACUUGGAACAUCGUCGAAAAAUGAUGUAUGGCAUUGCAGUCAGUCGCUUCUGUCAUCUGCAAGGCGCUAUUGGUAAAGCAAAGGAAAUAAUUAAUAUUGUUAUGGACUUUGCUAGGGAGGGAAUUUACACUGAAAAGGAAAAUAUCGCUGCCUAUCAAGAGGUUUUGGAAAAUAUCGAUGAAAAUGGGGAAGAUGUUGUUAUUCUUUCCGAUGAGUACCUCUUCCACACAAUAUCACCGAUUUAUUCCCGCCAAUCUUCCAGAUCGUCAACCACAGAUACUAACACCUCAUCAGAAAUAAUGAUAAAUAAAACAGUUCUCUUUGAAAGCAGUUCCUCAGAUGGAAUUGAAAACCACUCCGACAGUAAUGGGCCUCCUUGUGGAAUAUUCUUCAAUUCUAAUGUUUCAAAGAAAUCCAGGUAUGAGAAGGGGGAUAAACAGAAGAACUGAACAUUCAAGAUCAAGAAAGAGACAUAAGCAAUCAUAAAACCACCAGCGAAUCGUUAUAAGAUGACGAUAUUCAUCUAUAAAAUGAUUUUGACGAUAUAAAAUCUUCUUUACGUAUGAAAAAAAAUCUAAAGAUAUCAUCUUCUCCAAACUCUUUUUUUGUUUGUUUGUUUUAAUUAUCCAGUCAUUCAGUCAUUACAUGUAUUAAUAUCACAAAUAUUUAUCUAUUCCAUG